CGGGGCGCUCGGAGCCCUUGGCAGCGGCAGGUGCCCGCCCGCCUCCGCCCAGUCCAGCCCAGCGCUUGCGGUCAUCAGGCCACCCAGGCUGGCAAGUGCCUUUCCCUGCUCGCUGCUCUUGGCUCUGAGUUGCUCUAUUAGCCCUGUUCCCGGGGUGGAAGCACCCAUCUGCGCUUCUCGGAAGGCGUGAAGGAAGAACCAAGACCUAGGUAUCUGGCUAAGUUUUCCAGAGCUGUUUUGAGUGAAGACAAGUGUUUCUGCUGGGAUGAUGUAACCAGAGGAUCCAGGUCUGGGCAGACUCGACCAUGGGAGCCAACACUUCAAGCAAACCACCAGUGUUUGAUGAGAAUGAUGACGUCAACUUUGACCACUUUGAAAUUUUGCGAGCCAUUGGAAAAGGCAGUUUCGGGAAGGUCUGCAUCGUGCAGAAGAGUGACACCAAGAAGAUGUAUGCGAUGAAGUACAUGAACAAACAAAAGUGCGUGGAGCGCAACGAAGUCAGAAACGUCUUCAAGGAGCUCCAGAUCAUGCAGGGGCUGGAGCAUCCUUUCCUGGUUAACUUGUGGUACUCCUUCCAGGAUGAGGAAGAUAUGUUCAUGGUGGUGGACCUCCUGCUGGGCGGGGACCUGCGUUAUCACCUGCAGCAGAAUGUCCGCUUCCAGGAAGACACCGUGAAGCUCUUCAUCUGUGAGCUGGCCAUGGCCCUGGACUACCUGCAGAGCCAACGCAUCAUUCACAGGGAUAUGAAGCCUGACAACAUUUUGCUUGAUGAACAUGGGCACGUGCACAUCACAGACUUCAACAUCGCUGCCAUGCUGCCCACGGAGAUGCAGGUCACCACCAUGGCCGGCACCAAGCCUUACAUGGCACCCGAGAUGUUCAACUCCAGAAGAGAAGCAGGCUAUUCCUUUGCUGUUGACUGGUGGUCCCUGGGAGUGACGGCAUAUGAGCUAUUGAGAGGCCGGAGACCAUAUCACAUUCGCUCCAGCACUUCCAGCAAGGAAAUUGCACACAUGUUUGAGACGGCGCUUGUGACUUACCCUUCUGCCUGGUCACAGGAAAUGGUGUCACUUCUUAAAAAGCUACUGGAACCCAACCCAGACCAGCGGUUUUCUCAUUUGUCUGACGUCCAGAACUUCCCGUAUAUGAAUGACGUGAACUGGGAUGCAGUUUUGCAGAAGAGGCUCACCCCAGGAUUUAUUCCCAACAAAGGCCGGCUGAAUUGCGACCCCACCUUCGAAUUGGAAGAGAUGAUUUUGGAGUCCAAGCCUCUUCACAAGAAGAAGAAGCGUCUGGCCAAGAAGGAGAAGGAGCUGAGGAAACGUGACUCGGCUCAGAAGUGCCUUCUUCAAGAGCACCUUGAAUCUGUCCAAAAGGAGUUCAUAAUUUUCAACAGAGAAAAAGUCAAAAGGGACUUUAAUAAAAGAAAAGCAAAUCUAGCCUCGGAACAAACCAAAGACUCACAAGAAGAGGAUGGCCAGAAUAGCCACCUCUGAAGGCUUCAACAUCUCCUUGGCACAUUAGCACGUCGGGAAGACUGACGGGAAUUCGCACCUCUUGUCACCUCACACACCUUAGAGAAUGUGAAGGACACCUUUGGAAGGAGGCAGCAUGAAUCAGUGAUGGUCCCUGGGCUCCUGGGAACUCGUUUCACUACCAGCGGGUGUGACCUUAAGCAAGUCACUUAACCACUUUCUCAGCUUCCGUUUAUUCAUCUAAAAUGAGAAGGUAAUACUAGAUGAGCUCUUCACUGCCUUUCCCACCACCAUCCUGUAUCCUCAACAGCCUAUUUUUAUUUAAAAAGGCAUAUGUGGAUGUAGAUUUAUUUUUCCACUCCUUCUAAUUACACUGUGAUGAAUGGACAAACGGACGUAAGUGGGAGACGGAGUGAGGCUCUUCGGCUAGGAAAAAAGUGACUAGAUCCCCAAAAGUGGUGGGAAUCCCCAUGCCUGAGUGACUAACAGUAAGGAACUUAUUCUGGAAGAAAUGGGCGGGACCAGAUUAGAAGGGACACAUAUCUAUGAGGGGCUUUGCAUGGUGCGCUGAAGUCAGAACAGCAUGCCUGCUUGUCUCAGCUCCUGUGCACAUCUGUCCCAGCGCCCUGUACAGUGACGUCAAGUUGGGAGGUUGCAAUUGGUGAGGAUGGAAGUAUUUACACCACAGAAAUUGGCAGAUGCUAUAAAUCAGGUUCUUGUCCCCCCUCCCAGCAAGCCAGUUGUGGAAUAUUUAUUAGCAUACAACUGGCCUUCUUCUUCAAGCUUGUUGCUUGUGGGAAAAUUGUCCCCUUAAGACUACCCAAGACCUGUGUCUGGAGAGGAUCAGAAAGGAAUAUUGUCCCAUUGAAAGCACAUUCACCGAUAGUACACUGAAGUUGUAUCUUAUACAGGAGUUAUAGUCUAAGUUAGAACAUAAAGUGACUCUGGAAGGUAGCAAAAUUUACCCUUGAAAAAUCCCUUUAAUUUUAUGACAUAUGGUGUUUAUCUUUUCUUAAAUAAUCCCAUUAUCACAGGAUCCUUCACUAAUGAAACGAGUCAUCUUUUUCGGUUCUGUGUGUGUGUGUGAGAGAGAGCCUUAUUUUUGACUAAUACCAGAUGCACUAAAAUGUUCAACAGAUUAGAUGUGCCUUUAUAGUCUGAAUGACACUUAGAACUGUGGAAUGCUCACGCUUAGAACUGAGAGGUCCAAGGUCACAGAGGCUGACUAAGGGAACAGCAAUGCCUACUUGUGCCUACUGCAAGAAUGGUGAGCAGAACUGCCUAUUUAAAAUAGCAUUGAUGUUUUCCUUUCUUUGUAUUGUAUUUAUCUGCCAAGCACCAAAUUUAAUUCACCUAAGUUCUGAUAGAACUCCACUCUCCUGAUACACAAAAGAUCUUUGCAGAGGAACUGUUUUUGGCAACUCACAGAUGCCAGUGGGUAGAGUCAGGAAUGACCAGGGUUGGGGAAAUUGUUUCAACUCUUGGCCAGUCAGAUCACCUAAACCUUGUCCUUACUUAAGGACAAGGGGGCAACAGGAGAGACCAGUUAGGAAACCAGACAGGUGGAAAGGUGCAGAAGUCAUGGAUACUGCUGCCAGCUACAUAGGACUUUUCCAGAAGCUCACACUGGGCUGACUAAACAUAGGGAGAAAACCAGUGGUAAACUUCAACUCACAAUUUAUGGUUUUCUCCUCAUGAGGCUAAGAGGCCCAGAGCUUCUGGCCUUGAAAGGCUGAAACAGUGCCUCUCUACUUUAAGAGUAGCCGUAUUUUUGUGAAGAAUUAAGAGCCAGCUCUUGUGUUCUGUUUGAUUCCUUUCCUUUACAUGUCCCCCACAUUAUCUGCCUGUGCUAUUUUGAUUUCCUCCAAACACUAUCAACUCUGACUCACUUUCACCAAGAAGGUGGAUGGGUUAACAAGCACUAAAAGAAGGUGGCCAGAUUCUGUUCCAGGUUGGAAAUGAGCAGGGUCCAGGGCCACUUGCUUCUUUACCAACUGUUGUCAUUUGUUUGGAUUCAAGCCCUGAUGUGCUGUCACCUCAUCUCUGCAGUCACCUGGUCCCUCCUUUUUCUGUGACCUUGUAUAGAUCAGCCCAAGGGAGAGAUCUGGGCAAACACGUGCCCAAGUGCAAUGGGAUUGGUCGGAUCUCCACUGGGAUGGGAAUGAAUUGUUUGUGCCAUUUCUUGUCUAUACAGUUUAAAUGGAAACAGGAACCCCGCCCAACCUCUGUAGGUUGAACCCCUAGUUUUUACUCCCAGUGACCUGCAUCUGUGCCUACAGCACCUUCAUGGGCUGUUAGGAACCAGGGACCCACUGACUGGAGACCACAGCCUCCGGGAGGUGAGAUGGAUUUCUAGUCCUAACCAGGUGACAGAUCCACAGUGUAAGUUGGAAAAGAAAAAGCAUUGCCUCCAUCACUGCACAGAACAGCUGAUUCUAAGCACCUCGCACCACUGGACAUUUGGAGCCUUAGGACAAAAACUUUUUUCAAAAAAUAAAAGGAUGGCUAAACUCCUGUGACUGCUAGUUGUUGAAAUCAGACCCCUUUGGUUUGACUCUCUAACUUGGGUUAAACCGUCUCCCUUCCGGUGGAACAUGUCUCAUUUACGUUUGUGACCACCAAGGCUCAGGGCUAAGAAUUUUAGGAAACAGGGUGACUCUUCGAUACUUUCGUCUGGUGUUUCUGGAAGCUUCCUUCCUUCCCUGGAACGUCUGGAACGUCUGAGCAGGUGUCCACGACGGGGAGGAUCCUGGUUCUAAGACUCUGGGCCGCCCAGCCCACUGCGUCCACAGGGACAGUUCGUGGUGGGGAGGGGUGGCCCUGUGACCUUGGCCACGGUCCCAACUCCAAGGGAGGAAAUGCUUGCUAACGGCUCACAUCCCAAAGGGCACCACUGCUUUCGGCUGAGGGCAUUGCUAGGGCAGGAGUCAAUGUCAAGCUACACGGAGCACCGCUCAGUUCAUCCGGGUAAUUUAAUAAUUUGUGGUUAUGCUGCUUGCGAUAGGAAAAUGUUAACCGGAAACGACUAGACGUUAAAUGUCAUCAUAGCUCUUCUAGACUGGAGGGAUUGUGAAACAUCUAGGGAGAACGAGUGGGUUAGCCCAGCAGCAGGGACCAGUGUUCCUGCUUUUGGCUGACACAGCAAUGCCCAGGCUUGCAUUCUUCCAAAACCAAAUGAAAAGGCAUGAAAAACAGGCUUUUCCAUAUCUAGUCGUCCCCAUGUCCUGUCAACACAGAUUCCUGUUUCCUAGAAACUCUGUCUGCCUGUGAUCACUGUCUCCUCCAUUCAGUGUCAUAUCAGACACAUCGAAAGUAAAAAACCCAAACCCCAGUUAUCUGCGCUGUUGGGAACGGACGGCCCUCGGGUGGGAAAUCCAUGCUUCUGCUGAGCUUAGCGUUUGUACCGUCAUUGUGCCUGUGUGAAUUAAAGUGUCUUCUCUACACCCUAA